CAGAUCUUCAUUCUACAGCAGUCAGUCAAGAAGUAGGCUACAGAGCAGUGUUACAGAUACAGGGAAAGAAAGCCAAACAGCAAAAGACUCCAGUAUAGACCACAAGGCUUGGUGAUCCAACCAUGGCUGAAAGCUCUUUUAGGAUUCCACAUGUCCUCUCUGAAGGGCAGCUGGACCCCAACUUCCAGGAGGGGAGGCUGAGGAGGCCGACUCCUGACAAGAGAGAGCUGGACCAGUGGGUGAAGGAGCUGGAGAGAAAGGUGGCGAGGGACAGGAUGAGGGACAAGCUGCGGCACAUGAGAGAGGCUGUUCACAGAAGGAGCCAAGAGAUGUGGACAAGACGGUGGGAGUGGCAUAUCUAUCAGGAGACACAGAAGAAAAAGCAGAAAGAGAGACAAGGUGCCCAGCUCACAGGACCGGAGGAGAGGGGGAUGGAAAUGGGAAAAGCAGCGGAGGAAGAGAGACAUCUAAGACAGAUGGAAGAGGAAGUGAGAGACUGGGAGAAACUCUUGAGAGAGAAAAUAAUGGAGGAAGAGAUGGCAAUAAGGGAGAUGGAAGAAAAGGUGAGAGAGCAGGAGACAAUGUUGAAAGAAAAAGUGAAGGAGAAAGAAAGAGAGCUGAGGGAGAUGAUGGAGAAAGUGAGAGAGAAAGAGAGAAAGCUCAGGGAAGAAGCGAAGGAGGAAGAAAGACACAUAAGAGACAUGGAAGAAAAGGUGAGAGAGCAAGAGACAAUGUUGAAAGAAAAAGUGGAGGAUGAAAGACAGAUAAGGGAGAUGGAAGAAAAAGUGAAAGAGUGAGAGAGAAUGUUGAGAGCAAAAGCAAAGGAUGCAGAAAGAGGGAUGAGGGAGAUGGCAGAGCAAUUGAGGGAGAAAGAGGGAAUGCUAAGAGAGAUGGUGAGAAAGCAGGAAAGAAGGAUGAGAGAACCAAAAGAAUUCAUGGCAAAACUGAGAGAGACUGUAAAGAGGAAAGAGAUGGAGGUGCAGAAAGAGGAGGAAGGGAUGAGAAUGCUGGAAGAGAGAGUGAAAGAGCAGCAGAGCAUGAUGAGAGAAGUGCAGAAAACCGCAAAGGACCAGGAAAGAAAAAUGAGAAAAAUGAGAGACAUGAAAGAGAAUAUCGGGAGAUAUCGGGAGAGAAUUUUGAGAGAGGCUGAGAGAAAAGUGGAGGAGGAAGAACAACAGAUUAAAGAGAUGGAAGCAGAAGUGAGAGCAUGUAAAAGAAUGUUGAGAGAAAAACGGAAGGAGAAAGAGAGACAGACGAGGGAGAUGGUAGAGAAAGCAAGAGAGCAGGAGAGAAUUCAUCUUGAGAUCGAGAAAAAAGCAAAGGAGGAAGAAAAAGGAGUGAAGGAGAUGGUAGAGGAAGCGAGAGAGCAGGAGCAAAUGCACAGAGAAAUGGAGAAAAAAGCAAAUGAGGAAGAAAGUCGAGUGAAGGAGAUGGUAGAGGAAGCAAGAGAGCAGGAGCAAAUGCACAGAGAAAUGGAGUAAAAAGCAAAUGAGGAAGAAAAACUAAUGAAGAGAAAGAGACGAGAAGAAAUAGCAAAGCUUAAAGAGGAGAUGUUGUUGGCGGUCAAAAGGAUACAAGCAGAAGAAACUGAAGAGAGAAAGAGAAAUGAGGAAAAGGCAAAGGUGAGAGAGGAGGAGAGAAAGAAGAGAGAGGGAACAAAAAGCAAGAGAGCAGGAAAAACUCAGAAAUAAGAUGAAGG